AUGAUUACUAAACUGCGAGAAAUUCCGGAGUCAAAGUUCGAACUCUCCCUAUUCGAAAAUAUCUCCAAACCACGUUCUAAACUCUGUCCUGUUGCGCCCCGAGUCGAUGGAGAUUUCAUAACAAAGCCCAUCAGCGAACUUCGCAAGGAAGCUUCGGGCAAGCCUAUGCUUAUUGGAUGCUGCGAAGUUGAAGGCCUCUUUCUGACAUCUGGAAAACAUCCUUCUAUUGAUGGAAUAAUGGAGGAGAUUGCCAAAUUAGUUUCCGAGGAUGACCAUCCAUCCAAUUUCAAAUGGCUGCGAAGGGAGAUCUUCCGAAAAGUGCUCAGUGAUGAGAACAUAACGAAUCAUGAAGCAGUAGUGAGGGCUUAUGCCGAGAUCAUUGGCGAUGCAUUCACCAACAUUGGUGUGCAAAAAGCAGUACUAGAGACGCUGGAAGCCCACGACGUACCG